AUGCGCACUUCUACCGUCCUCUCUUUGAUCCUUGCCACCGCGGUCGCGACUCCUGCCCUCGCCCGUCCUUUGGGCGAAGAAGGUGUUCAAUCUCAGGCUCCCGUCACGACCAACAGAGAGGGCUAUGUUCCGCACCCUCACGUCCCCCACCACCCUACUGAAGGCCCACCGCCACCCCAGUGGCCCGGCCCACCGCCACAUCGACGGCCGGCUCACCACCACACCGGCGGCCAGGCCCCGCACAUUCCUCAGGCUGGUCGCGUCCACUUGGGCCACCCUGAGGUCGCUCAUACCCACGUCGCUCACGCACGUGCCGUCGAUUCCAACGAUGCUCAACCCCACGGCAUGCACCCGCACGUUCACCAGGGCGCGCCGGACCACCGCCGCAUUGGCCUCCAAACCCACAAGGGAUUCCGGACGCAGGGCCCUGCCAACCACUGGCACGCUGCGCGUCCGCAGGAGAUGACUCCGUCUACUGCUCCUGCACAGACGUCACGGGUGGGCAAGAGCAGCGGCCACCACGCCGAUCACGAGUUGCUCGCCCGAGGAUUCGACUCAGACGAGGAGCUGCUCGCCCGCGCCAUUGGGGACGAGCUCGUCGCUCGCAAGGUCAACUGGAAGAAAGUCGGCAGCACUGCCGCCACCGUUGCCGGAGAUGUUGGCAAGUUCUUGCUGCACUGCGCCGGAGCGAGGAUCCCGAUUGUUCGCCCGCGACUUCGACGAGGCUACUUUCCCAACGGUGUUGGAAAAUUCAUGCAGCGCCUGCCCCGGAGCGAGGACCCCGAAUUGUUCUCCCGCGAGUUCGACGAAGAGCUGUUUGCCCGCGCGCUUAACGACGAGCUCGUCGCUCGCAAGGUGAAUUGGAAAAGCGAGGACCCCGAAUUGUUCUCCCGCGAGUUCGACGAAGAGCUGUUCGCCCGUGCGCUGAACGACGAGCUCGUCGCCCGCAAAGUCAACUGGAAGAAGGUCGGCAGCACUGCCGCCACAGUUGCCGGCGACGUCGGCAAACUGUUCUUCCAUCUGCGCCGGGACGAAGACCCUGAGUUGUUCGAGCGUGGAUAUGAUGAUUAUUCAAUGAUGAUGGAGAGGGGCAUGGAGUUGGAUGAGCUUGAUUAG